AAUAAAGUCUAGUAUCGGCACUUUUGUAUUACACCUCAGAAGAAAAUCCUGAAUAAAUCCUUUAAAUACUGGAAUUCAUGUGUUUCUUUCUCGUUUUCAGAUGAAACAAUGGAGUUUUGUCGUAGUCUUCCUAAAAUAGAGCUUCAUGCCCAUAUUAAUGGAUCAAUCAGUGAAAAGACAAUGCAAGAGCUACUGCAAAAACGUUCCCAAGAGGGCUCUAAAGAUCCAAUUGAACGAUGGACCACAACUAUUGAAAAGGGGGACAAGUCCCUAGAUGAGAUAUUUGCAAUGUUCAAGGUGAUUCAUCAGAUUUCUAAUAACACUGAUGCUGCAUACAAGAUAACUUAUGAUAUUAUUCAUGAGUUUGCAGAGGAUAAUGUGAAAUAUGUUGAACUGAGGACGACUCCUCGUGCUGUGCCAGAUACCGGAAUGACCAAAGAGCUUUACUUAGAAUCUGUCCUGAAGGCUAUAGCUGACUGUGAAAAGGAAGAUUUAGAUAUUAUUGUGAAGCUUAUCUUAGCUAUCGACCGUAGAAGUGAUGUUAACAUUGCCAAUGAGACUGUGGACUUGGCUGUGAAAUAUAAGCAAAUAUCAAAUGGGAAAGUUAUAGGAAUUGACCUCAGUGGGGAUCCAUCUGUGAAUGAUGCCCGUGACUUCAUUCCAGCUUUCAAGUGUGCUCGAUCCAAAGGCUUAAAAUUAGCUCUCCACUUGGCCGAAGUACUUGAUCAGAAUGCCGAAACAGAAUCGGUACUUGAUUUACCCCCUGAUCGCAUUGGGCAUGGAACAUUCCUCCACCCCGAGGUAGGGGGCACAGAAUCAUUAGUCGCAAAAGUGAAACAACAUAAAACUCCCCUCGAGUUAUGCCUAACCAGCAAUGUAAAGGGCCGCACUGUGAAAGCAUUUGAUAAUCAUCAAUUUAAAUAUUGGUAUGAUAUGGGCCACCCAUGUGUCGUGUGUACAGAUGAUAAAGGAGUAUUUGCCACCAGUCUGUCCAAGGAGUACAAACUUGCUGCUGAGACAUUUGAUAUAUCCCAGCAAGAUCUCUACCAGCUAUCGUACAAGGCUAUUGAUCAUAUAUUUGAUACUGAAGACACCAAGGCUAUACUGAGGCAGAAGUGGUGCACAUUUGCUGAAAAUACAUUUAAAGCCAAUAUAAGAAAUUUGCAGUAGUCAACAAUACCUCAUGACUUUACAGUAGUGUAAUUCAAUCGCGUAAUCAUUAUUAAACACUAAGUCAAAAUUGAGUCGAAAUGGGUAUUUAUGCUUUAAAAACAAUUUUACAAAAAACAGUAUUGAUGAUUAGAGACUGUUGGGAUCUGUAUGUAGUAUACAAAGACCAGUGAGUUCUGUGAUAAGAUGUGACACAUAAAUAAUAUUAAUCUCAGAUAUGAGAUAUCAAAAGUGUU